AUGUAAACGAUCUUUCAACAGGAAGUGACAGGUGCCCGCCGUUGGUUCCCAGUCAAUACAGAGUUUAUUUUUAGCGUCGACUAAAAAUUGCAACAUUGUAUUUUCGGUUUUGGUUAUCUACAGUAUUACAUUUUUCCUGUCACAUUUAGAAGAAAUGUCGGCCCUUAGUGCUACUGACCCGACGUCUUUCUCCAACCCGGAUAAAGUUGUAGUCACACAUAUUGAUCUAGAUCUUGAGGUGGAUUUUGAAAGACAUGUUCUAGCAGGAGAAGUCAAUCUUUCUCUCAACAAACUUGUUGAUGGUGUCGAUACAGUGAUUCUGGACACACGUGAUGUAACUGUCCAUAGUGUUACAGACAAGCAGACCGGUCAACAGCUGAACUUCUCACUGGGGGAGAAACUUGAAGCUUUUGGUUCAAAACUUGAAGUAAAACUUCCAACAUCUGCAGAUAAAAAAUGUGAUAUUACUAUAAAGUAUGAAACAUCUCCAGAAUGCAGUGCUCUUCAAUGGUUACGCCCAGAACAGACUGCCGGAGGGAGGCAGCCAUAUUUGUUCAGUCAAUGUCAGGCUAUACAUUGUAGAAGUAUGGUUCCCUGCCAGGAUACACCUUAUGUUAAAUGUACAUACACAGCAAAGAUAACUGCUCCUAAAGUCAUUACAAUUCUAAUGAGUGCGCUAUUGGAGGGGUCGAAACCAAGCGCCUCGGAUCCUGGUAAAACAGUUUACAGUUUCCGACAGAAAACACCCAUGCCAAGCUAUCUCAUUGCCAUAGUAGGUGGAGAUAUUGUUUCAAAAGAUCUUGGACCAAGGAGUAAAGUAUGGUCAGAACCAGAACUUGUGGAACAAUCAGCAUUUGAAUUUGCCGAGACUGAACAGAUGUUGCAAACUGCUGAAAAACUUCUCGGACCCUAUGUUUGGGGUCACUAUGACCUUUUAGUGCUGCCACCAUCUUUCCCGUAUGGUGGCAUGGAGAACCCCUGUCUUACCUUUGUUACGCCUACAUUAUUGGCAGGAGAUCGUUCUCUGGCAGAUGUUGUUGCUCACGAGAUCUCGCACAGUUGGACUGGUAACUUGGUUACAAAUAAAACAUGGGACGAUUUCUGGCUGAACGAAGGCAAUACAAUGUUUGUAGAAAGGAAGAUCGCAGGGAGACUUGUGGGGGACUCGGGGGAACAACUCCGUCAGUUCAAAGCCCUCUGUGGCUGGCAUACACUUAUUGAAACUGUUGAUGAUUUGGGUAAAGAGCAUCCUUAUACAAAAUUAGUACAAGAUACGAAAGGUGUUGACCCUGACGAUUCCUUCUCAUCUAUACCAUACGAGAAAGGUCAUGCUUUACUGUUUUAUCUAGAACAGUUACUAGGAGGUCCAGACGUAUUUGAGCCAUUCAUGAAAACAUACAUUGACAAGUUUAAAUACAAAUCCAUAACUACAGCAGACUGGAAAGAGUUCCUAUUCACGUACUUCCAUGAACAGGCUGCAGCCGGUGUAUUUGAUAAGGUUGAUUGGGACGGUUGGUUGUAUGGAGUUGGGAUGCCACCUGUCAAACCAACUUACGAUAUGACCUUGGCAGAGAGUUGCGAGACCCUCGCCAAGCGAUGGUUAGACAGUAGUGAGGAGCAGCUUUCAGGGUUCACAUACAGUGACGUGGAACAAUUUUUACCAGUUCAAACUGAACAGUUCCUUGCAGCAUUCCUCAACUAUAGUCCAUUGUCACAUGCCAAAAUCAUUAAAAUGAGGGACACAUACAAAUUUGAUGAAGUAAAAAACUCAGAAAUAAAAUUCAGGUGGUUGCGUGUGUGUAUAAAAGCUCAGUAUGAGCCAGCCAUUAAACCAGCAUUACAAUUUGUCACUGAGCAAGGAAGGAUGAAAUUUGUUAAACCAAUUUACAGGGAUUUAUACAAUUGGGAGACAAGCCGGGAUCAAGCCAUCUCAACAUUUCAGACCAAUAGGAACCAGAUGCAUAACACAACAGUCCAGACAGUGGCCAAAGUCCUUCAACUUGCCUAAUACCUUCUCCUGUUCUUGUCUUUUAUACAUACACUGAUGACUUUGUGUGCAUCAAUGAAUUAAAGCAAAUUAAAUAGUUAAGAGUUACAAACGUUAAGCUGGAUUUUUGAAAUCUUUCCAGAAUUAAUUGCUCUUAGAUUGCUAGAAAUUGCUAGAAAUAUGAAAAUGGCAUUGGUGAAAAUUUAAUCAGAAUAUUAACAUAAUUGUGGGUAAUUUGAUUUUGUAGGGAUAUACUAUUCAGACAUAAAAUAUCAGAAUCACAUGAAAAAAUGAGUAAUUUGAUGUGUAUGUACUUAAUCAGAAAACAAAUUUUGUAUCACUGAAUACAAGGACAAUAAACAAUAACAUGAAA